GAGUAACUAACUAAAAGUAAGCAGCAGGCAGGCCCAUAGAAUGGAAGCUGGCUUGGAUGAUUGUAACAUGAAAAGAGUGGCCGGCAAUACCGCCGAUAAUCUGCCCAAUUACAUUUACACCAACAACGUUACAUUCAUUCAUCAUUCUCAUUUCAAUCAAACAUCUCUCUUUCCCACGUUUGUUUUGUAACUAACCACUGUCUGUCAUAUCACAGCAGGCUCCACCUUCCUACUACUUCCAACCUGGCACAACACACCACACUUUUACACACCACCACUACUCUUUUGCUUUUCUCUCUAUAUAUAAACUACUACAUACUAUAACCGCUUUACCUUAAACCCACCAUCUCUCACAUUUUUCUCUUCAUUCACAUUCUCCUUUACCAAAAUCCAAACAUGUCUCACGAUGAGUCCUCACCAAACCAAACAACACCACAAGACUCACUACUUGUUGAAACUGAUGUAAAUGUUCCACAGCCUGAAAAAACAGCUAUCAUUCCCUUAGAGUCAGAGCAAGAAGAUUCACACCCUGAACCUCAGGAGAAGAACAAAAACAACAACAACCCUGUUGUUGAAACUGUCACUCUUCAGACUCAUUUCUCCAAACCCGAUACCGAUUCUGCUGAUACCUUCAAAGAAGAACAAACUACCAAAACUUCUGAAUCUGAUCUUUCUCAAAAUGAAAACAAGCCACUCCAAGAGCUUAAGAAUCUCAUUCAACAAGCACUCAAUAACCAUGAAUUCUCUUCUCCUUCGCCCAUAAAAGAAGAAAAACCAUCCACCACCACCGUUGCUGCUGCACCUGAAAAUGCUACCCCUGCAGAAGAACCUGCACAACCAAAGGUGGAGGAGGAAGUUGAAACCAAGAAAGAGGAAGAAAAAGAACAGCAAGAAGAAGAAGUGAAGGAAACUGUGCAGGUAGCUUCUGUGGAUGAUGAUGAUGGAGCAAAAACUGUGGAAGCUAUUGAAGAAAGCGUCGUUAACAUUGCGGUUUCUUCCUCUGUUCCUGCUGAGCAUGAACAAUCUGUUGCAGAGAAAGUUGAAGCUUCAUUGCCAUUAGCACCCGAAGAAGUAACCAUUUAUGGCAUACCACUCCUUGCAGAUGAAAGAACUGACGUGAUUCUUACGAAAUUUCUUCGUGCAAGAGAUUUUAAGGCGAAAGAGGCUUUCACAAUGAUCAAGAACACAAUUCUCUGGAGAAAAGAAUUUGGAAUAGAGGAGUUGAUGGAUGAGAAAUUUGGUGAUGAAUUGGAGAAAGUUGUUUACAUGCAUGGAUUUGAUAAGGAAGGUCACCCUGUGUGUUAUAACAUAUAUGGUGAAUUUCAGAAUAAGGAAUUGUAUAAGAAGUGUUUUUCUGACGAGGAGAAGAGACAGAAUUUCCUUAGAUGGAGAAUUCAGUUCCUUGAGAAGAGUAUUAGGAAUUUGGAUUUUAACAAUGCUGGUAUUUGCACUAUUGUUCAGGUGAAUGAUCUUAAGGAUUCUCCUGGACCUGCUAAAUGGGAGCUUAGACAAGCAACCAAACAAGCCCUUCAAUUGCUUCAAGACAAUUAUCCUGAAUUUGUGGCUAAACAGGUGUUCAUCAAUGUGCCAUGGUGGUAUUUGGCUGUGAAUAGGAUGAUAAGUCCUUUCCUUACACAGAGAACCAAAAGCAAGUUUGUUUUUGCUGGUCCUUCCAAAUCAACUGAGACCCUUUUGAGCUACAUAGCUCCAGAGCAACUCUCUGUGAAGUAUGGUGGAUUAAGCAAAGAUGGUGAAUUUGGAAAUUCAGAUGCUGUUACUGAGAUCACAAUAAAGCCAGCAUCAAAACAUACUGUUGAAUUUCCUGUUACUGAGAAAUGUUUACUGUCUUGGGAGGUGAGAGUAAUAGGGUGGGAGGUGAACUAUGGUGCAGAAUUUGUACCAAGUAAUGAAGAAAGCUACACAGUAAUUGUUCAAAAGGCUAGAAAAGUGACUUCAUCAGAAGAACCAGUGCUUUGCAACAGUUUUAAAAUUGGUGAACCUGGGAAAGUUGUUCUUACCAUUGACAACACAAGUUCUAGGAAGAAAAAGCUCUUGUACCGUUUGAAGACCAAGUCUUCACUCUUUGACUGAGAAAAAUGAUUAUGUAUGCACAAGUGCAGGACUUGAAUUGUUUUGUUUGCUUACUUUUUAAUUCUUGCUUCAACUUUUAUUAUCACCAAGGAUCUUCAAAUUGAAACUUUCCUGUUGUUCAUAUCAAUAUAAAGUUUUUUAUAUCUUAUAAUUUUGAUGAUA